GAAAAUUCUAUGUCGAUCAGGCAUUAUGUAACCCUCCCGCUGUGGAUGUCGCAUGGAUUGAAAAGCGAAACUUUCACACGCGUUCAUCGGCAGAGGAACACAGCAGACGUGAUGGCGAGCAGUCGGAUAUCGUGCUGUUCUACAAGGAUACUAUCGUUCAUAAUAGUACCCUUCUUCUCCAUCGUUGGGUACUUGAUCUAUUCUACCUCGACACUGUCCACGCGUCAGUCACCUUCCCUCGCCCCGCCGAUUGCGCUCGACUCGGUAGUCUCCAAUGUUAACCACACAGCAGCUCACGCACGCUUUGCGUCUGCCAUUCGGAUUCCGACUGUUUCAAAACUGAACGCAACGGAAGAAGAGCGCAGAACCUUCCUGCGCUUUAGAUCUAUGUUGCAGGAGGAGUUUCCGCUGGUGCUUGAAAAGUUGGAGUGGGACAUAGUCAAUGAGUUGAGCCUGCUACUGAAGUGGCAAGGCUCCGAACCUGUAGAUGAUAGCAAUCUGCCAAUUCUCUUUCUCGCCCAUCAAGAUGUCGUUCCAGUAGGUGACCCGGAGCGCUGGGACUUCCCUCCUUUUGGAGGGGAAAUCAACAAUGGAUACAUCCAUGGCCGCGGCACUCUAGAUAUGAAAGGAAUGCUGAUGGCGCAAUUGGAAUCCGUGGACGCGCUGCUGAAGGCGCGGUAUCAACCCAGAAGAACUAUCUACUUAGCUUUUGGACAUGAUGAGGAAGUAUCGGGCAAAGAAGGUGCAGCGCGUAUAGCAGAGAUCUUGGAGAAAAGAGGAUUGCGAUUUGAGUUUAUCAUUGAUGAAGGCCUACCAAUCUCCCAUGGCAUGUUUCCGGGGAUCAAUGUGCCGAUAGCCUGGAUUGGAAUAGCAGAAAAAGGUGUUGCAGACUUCACCAUCAGAACGAGAAGUGUAGGAGGUCACGCUUCAAUGCCUUUUGGACAGAAUGCCAUCCAUACUCUUUCGGACGCGAUUGCCCGCCUUGCAAAGACUCGUGCAAUUACAACUUUCAGUGAGGGCCCUGUAGCUCACCUUCUAUCAACCAUAGCACCCGAACAUCCAUCGAUGUUGAUGCGUACAAUCCUUGGCAAUAUACGGAUCUUUGAAUACAUUCUAGGUCUUCUACCACCUGCCGUGGCUCCGGGAUUUGCCGCGAUGACAAGGACAACCUGGGCCACAACAACCUUCAAUGGAGGCGUUGCCGCCAAUGUGCUCCCUCGGGACGCCUCGGCUAACAUUAACGUCCGCAUACGGCCCGGAGAAUCCAUCCGCGGAGUACAGGAAUUUAUUGCGAAGGCGAUUGGCGCACAAAUUGUCAAUGAGACUGCGAAUGCGGAUGACCCUCGUGAUGGCUCGGACGAUGCCCCUGUGACCAUCUCAUUGAGCCUUGGUGGUCGCAAUACCGAGCCUAGUUCUAUUUCUUCACCGCGCUCUCGUGCUUAUAAGCUACUGGAGGGCACAAUUCGUCAUGUGUUUGCAUUCAACCAUGGGACCAACUCUAGUUCGACAGACAUACUAGUUGCACCAUCGUUGCUUAUGGGCGCGACAGACUCAACGGCGUACAAGUCAAUGUCCGCAAAUAUUUUCAGGUUUCAGCCAGUGGUGAUGUAUCCCGGUGAUCCGGACAGGAUCCAUGGAGUGAAUGAGCGUAUUUCAUUAAAAGAUUACGAUGGCAUGAUCAAUUUUUUUGUCGCUUUGAUAUUAAACGCGGAUCAAAUGGGCAGACAGUCGCAGUAAUAUUAAGCUAGAUACAUAGGAUGGUUCAGUAGAAGGACUAUCUUUCAUAGUAGAAAGUCUCUCUUUUUGCGGUCAGUAACUACUCCUAGCAGUCCUAGGAUCUUCUACUGCCUUGAGUAUUUCGGUCAAGAACGACUGGUACACGUCUGGAAAUGACAUCGGUGUCUCGUGUAUGUGUUUGCACGCCGCGCGUAUGGCCCUCUCAAUUGCUGGUUCGGGUGGGAUGAACAAUCUGUUACGCAAAGAGGGUGUCAGUUUGGGGAAAUCAUUAAUGUGGAUGUUAGCACUUGCUUUACCCAUCAGUUUGCAAUUUAUUGAUUGCGUUCGACAGUGUUUCUGAUACUGUUUUUGUAAUCUCCUUUUCAUCUCCUG